CCAAGUUUCAUCAUGCAAGGCUCUAGCUUCGUUCUCAACAGGCUCCCCAGGGUUCUGUUGCUUGGAAUCGUCUUAAUAUUCAUCCUUGGUACGGCACACGGAAGCAUUUUGUCUGGUGUCUGUGACCAAGGCUGGCUUCGCUUCGGUGACUACUGCUACCUUUCCCCUACGGACGUGGCAUGUUUUGUGGACGCUAGAGGUUAUUGUAAGGAAAAAGACGCUGACUUGGUAAGCAUCCAUAGUCAAGAGGAACAAAUGUUCUUAUAUGAUAACCUCCAUCUGGAUCGUCAGUACUGGGUGGGAUACACCGAUUUAGCCAGUGAAGGUCAUUUCUCCUGGACUGACGGCACAGAGAGUAAUUACACCAACUGGUCUCCUGGUGAGCCACAUGACAAUGGCGGUGAUGAUUGCGUCUACAUGGACCCAGGUUUCUACGGACCCAGAGGAAACUGGAAUGACGGCUGGUGCUAUGGGCAUAGCCAUUUCAUCUGCAAAAAAAGAAUUGCUCCGUCAAGCUGUAAUGACAAACCUUGUCAAAAUGGAGGAGUUUGUGAAAGCGUCUCAAAUGGUGGCUACCAGUGUAAAUGUAAAGUUGGAUACUCGGGCAAGAAUUGCCAAAUAGAUAAAUACUGCGAGUCAGAUUGGUAUCACUGGGGAGACUUCUGCUAUUUUUUCAGGCCUGAAUUCAAAUAUUAUAGCGAUCGGCAAAAGUGGGACGGAGCUGAAGCUAAGUGUCAGUCCUACGGAGGAAAUCUUGUCAGCAUCCACAGCAAGGAGGAAAACGACUUCAUCUUUGAUCAUAUAGGCUACAGUGGUGGUGGAGUUUGGAUUGGUUUCACGGACAGAGUAACAGAAGGCACGUUCGAAUGGAGCGACGGGACAAAGGCAGAUUUUUCCAUCUGGUGCCCCCGGCUGCCUGUCAAAGCUUUGAACGAGGACUGCGUCCGCAUCGAACCCGUAUUCUUUAGUGCAAAAUGGUGUGAAGUUCCUUGCGGGAAGGAGUACGGUUACGUGUGCAAGAAGCCUGCAACAUUGUGUCAAACAAAGACGUGUCAGAAUGGGGCUACUUGCAUUGACUUGGUCAAUGACUACCAGUGUAUCUGUCCUGACGGCUUCGAAGGAAAAGACUGCGAGACCAACAUUGAUGAUUGUGCCGUGAAGCCAUGCUUAAACGGAGGGGUUUGCGUCGACCUGGUCAAUGAUUACCGAUGUGACUGUAUGAAUGGCUACGAAGGAAAAGACUGUGAGAUCAAUACGGACGACUGCGCACUGAUAACAUGCAAGCUUGGUCGUGUCUGCGUGGACGGUAUCAACUCGUAUUGCUGUGUCCCUCAGUCUUAAAUAUCGACAGAGCAAUGUAUCCAAAUGAACUUACACCUCUACGAAUAUUAUCAGAUCACAGCAUAUCAAAGACCAAGAGAUUGUCAACUUUUCAGUAUUCAAAUGCAAAUAAAAAUAGAGAAGAAUAGAGUCAAAUCAAACCCCCAAAGAACUGAAAGUCUCCAAUUAAUUAAAAGAUGUCACAGUUUCCUAUAGGCCUAUAUGCUGUAUCCCCGGAAUGGAAACUCAUAGCGGAAGAUAAUCUUUUAUUUUUUAUUUGUGUUUCAAUUAAUCAAAAUUGGAUUUCACGUUUCCUAACAGAACUGCCGGUUAUUGUAUAUCUCUCUGACUCUUUGACACCCGAAUUUUGGGGGUGUAGAUAAAAUUUCCAAUUUAGUUUUUAAUUAAUUUGAAACGAAUAUGCUCUUAAAAAACCACCAAAUUGGCGUUCAAAUUCUGUGCUGCUUUCGACGAUUGGAUGAAAACUGUAUAACGAAGUUAUAUGUUACCACCUAUAUACAAUGCUUGAAUCAAGGAAACCGUAUUAAUCUAUCAACACUUUUAUUUUCCACCUUGAAAUGGAACAGAAAGUCGGUGAUUUAUAGUAAGAAAAAGCAGACAAAAAAAAAAGAAUUGAAACCCUCGACAAAAUACAUUGAAAUUAAAACAGUCUUAUUGAGCAAACGUCAAACCGCAAAUGUAUUUAUAAUUCUUAACAAAUAAAACAUG